AUGAGGACAGCUUUCUUGGUAUUGACUCUUGCUUCCGUCUUGAUCGCCUAUGACCCCGUAUUUGUCCUCGAUCUGAAGGCACUAGUACCUUACGAUAUGGACAAAAGGCAACUGAACAUUCUUAACAAGGACCAAAGCUUGAUUCGCUCCGACAAAAAGAAGAAGCUCGACGUUAUUUUGGAAAGACAGGAUGAAAAUAUCAAGAAUAAGUACAAGGAAGUGGUGGAAGCAAAACAGCUUAAGUACAGUAAUACAAUGAAAGCCAGAUUUGCAGCGGCAAGGGAUCUUAUCGGAGAAUAA